AGAAGAAAUGUAUAAAUAUUUAUUAACAAUUAAUAUAUUAUUAUUAGUAGAAGCAAAAGAUAAUUGCACAGUGGUCUACUUUCUAAGUGAUAAUACAUAAAUUAUCAAUUGUAUAUUACUUUUAAGUUCUACUUACAGUCUCGGUAUUGUAAAUGAUUACAUGGCCAUCAUUUCACUUGUCACAAGUCAAACAUACGCAAAAUUACUUUCGAUUUUCUGCAUUAAAAGUUUCUUUAUUAUUUUUAUUUUUAAUUGCAUAAAUUGUUAUUAUUUCAGUUAUUAAAAUGGAAAGAAGUAAUAUGCACGUGGUGUUUAUGGGUGACUUUCCAAUGUUACGGGAAAAAAUAGUGAAGAAGAAAAAUAAUUCACCGGUUUGGUUUUUUUUUGGAAUUGUUGAUUCUUUGUUAAGAGGCGUUGGUCAGGUUAUCUUUGCAAACAACCCAGUGAGUGGUUUAUUAAUAUCACUAGCUUUAAUAACAACAACUCCAGAGGUUAUGUCAAUCGGUCUUCUCACUGGAUUUCUCGGAUUAACAAUUUCUAUGGUAGUAAAUUUAACUUCUCCAUUAUUAUCAAAACAAACCAAUAAAUAUUUUUCAUUAAUUUGUCAUUUUUUCCGACAGUUAAUACAAGAACCAUUACAAAACAUUGAAAACGGGCUUACUGUUUACAACCCUGCAUUAGUUGGCGCCAUAACUUACGCGCUGUUUCCAUCAAACUACAACAAUGGCCACUGGGAUUCAUUUUCGAUUCUUCUAACAUUUAUCGCCGUUAUUGUAAGCGUUUAUUUAACUCGUUCGUUAGCACGUGAGGAUUUUCCAUGCGUGACAAUUCCUUUUAACGUCGUCGAAGUCAUUCUCUUCGCCAUCUUGAUCACCCAAGGCGCCAUCUUGGUUAACAAGGACUCCUCAGACACAAUAGUAGAUAAUGUACUAAACAUUACCAAAGAAGAAAUUUAUACAAGAAAUGAAACAAAUUUAAACUGGGGACUGGUAUUCCGCGGGACAGUAGUAUCAGCCUCGCAAGUAUAUGGUGUCGAUAAUGUAGCGGCUUCGUCGAUAAUAUACUUGGCUCUGCUGAUUUACUCUCCAGUUAGCGCCAUCUUUUCUGUUUUUGGUUCACUAAUUGGCUCUUUGAUCGCUUUAGGUCUUGGUGAGCCUUACAAAGCAAUUUACUCAGGUUUAUGGGGUUACAAUAGUUUUUUAACCAGUGCUGCCUUCGGUGGAUUGUUCGUAACUUUAAAUCAGCAAACAGUGCCAUUAACUCUAGCAUCAGUAACUUUUACCGUGGCCGUACAAUAUAUUCUUCAGAAAAUGUUUACUCAGUUUGGUCUUCCAGUAUUCACAUUACCGUUCGUCAUAACAUUCGCCUUGUUUUUGGGGGUUAGAAAACCUUCUGGAAUGUUCAUUAAACCAGAAAGCGUGACGUUUCCUGAAGAUCAGCGGCGGAACUAUUUGAACAGUCUAGUUCGCAGUUCGAGUCUCGCUCAGAGUAUUUCAGAUUAAUUUCUAUUUUUAUAUUGACAAUUAUUGAUAGUAAGCUACUGAAUAAAAUUUUUAAUAAUUAA